GGGCAUGCAGUGCUCUUGUGGGAUCGACUAUUACACCCUGAAGCCAGAGAUCAACAAUGAGUCUUUUGUCAUCUACAUGUUUGUGGUUCACUUCAUGAUCCCGCUGACAGUCAUUUUCUUCUGCUACGGGAACCUGGUUUGCACCGUCAAGGAGGCUGCCGCCCCGCAGCACGGGGCUUGCCACACCCCAGAGAAAGAAGUGACCCGCAUGGUCAUCAUCAUGGUCAUCGCCUUCCUGAUAUGCUGGGUCCCUUACGCCAGUGUCGCUUUCUACAUCUUCACCAACCAGGGGUCAGACUUUGGGCCCAUCUUCAUGACCAUCCCAGCUUUCUUUGCCAAGAGCUCCUCCAUCUACAACCCUGUGAUUUACAUCGUCAUGAACAAACAGUUCCGUAACUGCAUGAUCACAACCCUCUGCUGCGGCAAGAACCCGCUGGGCGACGAGGACACGUCUGCUGGCAAGACAGAGACCUCCUCC